AUGACCGUGCCCGUCUACCACUACUUCGACCUUGGUCGCCUGGGUCGCGGAGAAGUAGUCAAGCUGUUCCUCAUGGAUGCGGGAAUCGAGAUCGAAGAGGUUAACUAUCCAUACGACGAGACCUGGGUCGAGAACAGCAAGAAGCUCCAGCAGCAGGGAAUCACGAGGACACGCAAAGUGCCUGCACUGGAGUACCGGGGCUUGAUUCUCACCCAGCACAUUCCCAUCUUGCGUUUCUUUGCCCGGGAGUUGGGCCGCUACGACGGCGAGACUAAUGUGGAGAAAUUCGUGGUUGAUGCGGUUUCGGACAUCUACAUCGAUUGGAGAUCCCAAUGGGUGGCCAACCUCACGAAGAAAUCGGAAAAAUACAAGAAUGAGGUUGCCCCCGAGUACUAUAAACUUCUAGAUCAGUACUACAGGGACCAUGCUGGCCCUUACCUGCUGGGCAACACGGUGACCUAUGCCGACUUUGCCGUUUACCAAUCCAUCGAUAACGACGAGAGAACUGGGACACUUCCGUCAUCUCUCCCGGAGUCUCUGCUCAAGUUUCGGGAAGUUUUCGAGCUGCGUCCCAAUAUUGUGGCGUACCUGAAGGAGACACGAUUGGACUAG